CAGUUUUUCCUCUUUCAAGUGGUACAGGUCGACUAAGGAAAUUCUACUUAAAUGAAACACAAAUGCAGAUAAAUGAUGCACUGAAUGCUUGUAGACAUAACUACACUGACCUGGUCACAAUCUAUGACGAUAACGACAAUGCAACGCUAGCUAAAAUGAUAGUGAAUGGAUCUAUGUAUUGUGGCUGGAUUGGAGCCAACAGCUGUACAUGGUCAAACGGUGAUCCAGUCACAUUCAACAACAUCACCAGAAACUUUACUGAGGAAAGCUGCUGUGGUGCACUAAACACUGAUGGAACAUGGGAGUGUUUCAACUGUAGUUCACAAAUGUACUUCAUGUGUUAUAAACAAGGAUCAUUAAACUAUAGUUUAAUCCCUGAAAAUAAAACCUGGUUUGCGGCUCAGAAGCACUGCAGAAGGAAUCACUCAGAUUUAGUCAGCAUCAGAAAUCAGACGGAAAACGAACGAGUGAAGGAAGCAGUAAAUGGGAGUAACUCUAUCUGGAUUGGCUUUCGGUAUAAUUACAGCCUCGCAUGGUUUGAUGGUGGACAUUCUGAUUAUGAAAAAAUACAUAAUGUGACAGGAGAAACUAACAAUGCUGGAUGCUUUACAUUUCUCUCUAAACAACUACCGGAAUCUUGGUCCAAAAGUAAUCUGAAUACAUGUGGUGCUCUUUGCUACAAAAGCUUCAUUCAUGUCAGUUCUAAAAAAAUGUCCUGGGAGGAAGCUCUGGAUUACUGCAGCAGUAACUUUUCUGGACUACUGCGCAUUGAGUCGGAGGAUGAUCAGGUAGAAACAGAGAGAGAAAUAAAAAGAAAAAAGGUUUUAGGGCCAGUGUGGGUGGGGCUUAGACAGAGCAGACUUUUCGGAUUCUGGAUCUGGUACAAUGGGCUCAGUGUGGGGAACUGGACCAACUGGAAAGAAGGAAGUCCACCAGAACAUCAAGUGUCCCAACACUGUGGUGCCUUAGAGAAGGUGAAAGGUCAAUAUAAAUGGUGUGAUAAAGACUGCAGAUCUGAAUUUAUAACUUUAUGUGAGUUAAAGUGAUAUACCUCUCUGUUAUGCUCUUUGGUUUAUCGCAUGCACAGUUUUCAGCGCUCCGAAUGAGGAAAAAGUGCAUCAUUCAUCUCUUGCAUAAUAAAGCUCUUAUAGUUAGCACUAGAAGCUAGUUGGUAAUGCUGUACCUGUAGUGUUUCUGUUGCCUUUUUCAUGUUUAUCUCAUUGAUUCAUUCGUUUUAUUAUUUUGUUGUAAAACUUUAUGC